GUUGGGACACCUUUACUUUCAAGUUUAAGCACCACAAAAUGGCACCAAAGAAGGAUGUAAAGAAGCCAGCAGCAGCAGCAGCGCCAGCACCUGCGCCAGCGCCAGCACCUGCCCCAGCUAAGCCCAAAGAGCCUACAAUCGACCUCAAGAGCAUCAAGAUCGAGUUCUCCAAGGAGCAGCAGGAUGACUUCAAGGAGGCCUUCCUCCUCUUUGACAGGACUGGUGAUGCCAAGAUCACCCUGAGCCAGGUGGGCGAUAUCGUCCGGGCGCUGGGGCAGAACCCGACAAAUGCCGAAAUCAACAAGAUCCUGGGCAACCCCAGCAAAGAGGAGAUGAAUGCCAAGAAAAUCACUUUUGAAGAGUUCCUGCCAAUGUUGCAAGCAGCUGCUAACAACAAGGAGCAGGGCUCCUAUGAGGACUUCGUUGAAGGUCUGCGUGUCUUUGACAAGGAAGGCAAUGGCACAGUCAUGGGGGCUGAGCUCCGCCACGUGCUGGCUACUCUGGGUGAGAAGAUGACAGAAGAGGAAGUAGAUGAACUCAUGAAAGGUCAGGAAGACUCCAAUGGCUGCAUCAACUAUGAGGCAUUUGUAAAGCACAUCUUGUCUGUCUAAGUGGACCUCCCCCAGACACCACCAAGGAACAACUCCAAAUCAGAACGACCAGAGGGCACUUGAGAUUCUUGCUCAGUCUGUCACCACCAGCAUGGAAGCUGCAUAGAACUGGAUGAGGAGCCUCCAACCCCAACACUUUUCUUCCUUCAACCAGUGCAUCCAUAGGCAUCCCCUCUGGGUGACUACAUUCAGUUGAAGAGCCUGAACAUUCACCGAGGCAAGCUAAACGGAUUCAGCUGCUACCAUC